AUGCUGCACGGCAACUCUGUCAGAAUCCUGACUGGAAACAGUCACCCCGAGCUCGCCCAGGCUGUGGUCGAGCGGCUCAACGUCCCCUUGACUCCUUGCACAGUCAAGAAGUUUUCGAACGGCGAGAUCGACGUCAAAAUCGCAGAGUCCGUCCGCGAUGAGGACGUCUUCAUCAUCCAGUCCGGAUGCAACGACGUCAACGACAGCCUCAUGGAGCUCCUCAUCCUCAUCUCUGCGUGCAAGGGCGCCUCCGCACACCGGAUAACGGCGGUCAUCCCCUGCUUUCCGUACGCACGGAUGGACAAGAAGGACAAGUCGCGCGCACCCAUCACCGCCAAGCUGGUAGCGAACAUGCUCGCCGUAGCUGGCUGCGACCAUGUCAUCACCAUGGACCUGCACGCCAGCCAGAUCCAGGGCUUCUUCGACUUCCCGGUGGACAACCUCUACUCGGAACCACUCAUGAUCUCGUACAUCAAAAGAAACAUAGAGGGAUGGAAGAACAGUAUCAUUGUCAGUCCGGAUGCAGGUGGAGCGAAGCGGGUUACGGCUAUCGCGGACAAACUUGGGGUGGAGUUCGCCCUCAUUCACAGAGAGCGAACUCGUAAGUCGGAGGCGGCACCCGAGAGAAUGGAGGUCCUCGUGGGAGACGUGCGCGGCAAGGUGGCUAUCCUCAUAGAUGAUAUGAUAGACAGCGGCCGGACCCUCGCGCUCGCCGCACCGCUCCUGAAGGAGAAGGGAGCGUCAAAAGUAUUUGCUCUGAUCUCACAUGGGCUGCUGUCUGAGACCAACAUGAGCAUGAUCGAGGAACUGCCGAUUGAGCAGCUUGUGGUGACGAACACCGUCCCCCAAAAACACCACGAAGAGGGUUGCUCGAAGCUUGUCACCAUCGACGUCAGCCCUACAAUCGCGGAGAGUAUCCGUAGGACGCACAAUGGAGAGAGUAUAAGUCUGCUUUUCGGGGACUGGGCAGAUGGACUUGCCGUCAACGGUGUUGGUAGCUAUUGA